GGCCGGGCAACGGGGCAAUGAGUGCUUUGGGGGAAGGUCUCUAGAGAAGCGCCCCUGACAAAGUAGGGAGGAGGACUCCUGAGACGAGCUGCCCGAGGUCGGGCCCGCCUCGCCCGCGUGGAGCCCCGCGUGGAGCCCCGCGCCCCGCCGCGCCUGCCCCGGGCUGGCUGCGCGCGCGUCGGGAGUGGAGGCGCUGCGCGCACCAGGAAGUGACUCUUCCCAGCGGCUGCGGUCCAGGCCCUCGGCUGGCCUUUUCGUUAACUGCCUCAGAUGAAUGUCCGUGUUUCUGUGGUGGGCAGGUAUUAAGAGAAGAGUCCCAAUGCACAGUGCAAGAUGCUUCCUCUCCAGGGUGGAUCUCUUCUCCAAAUCAGAACUGCUCCCCCGGUGUGCCAGAAAACCUCCGUGUUGGUCACAGCUCUUUUUGGGCUCAGCAUGUAAGGGAAACUUCACCCAUGUGAUAGCCAAGAAGCACCAAAGAGGACAGAAAAGUCAGAAGAAACCAAGACAUCUUGGACCACCAGAAGGUUCCUGGCAGGAAAGGUUGGCUGAUGUUGUGACACCACUCUGGAGGCUGAGCUAUGAAGAACAGCUCAAGAUGAAAUUUGAAGCUCAGAAGAAAAUUCUACAGAGACUAGAGUCUUACCUCAAAAUGCUCAAUGGAGUCAAUGGGACAAUAGCUGCACCCAGAUCCGAGGGGCUAUGUUGUUUUCUCCAUCCUAUUAUACCUUCUCCUGUCAUUGAUGGCUACCGAAAUAAGUCCACCUUCUCUGUGAACCGAGGUCCAGAUGGCAAUCCGAAGACUGUGGGGUACUACCUGGGAUCUUGGAGAGAGAGGAACAUCGUCUGUGUACGAUCUAACCAUCUGAAAAACAUCCCCGAGAAACACAAUCAAGUGGCCAAGUACUAUGAAAUAUUCCUUCAACAGUCCCCAAUGGAGCCCUGCCUUCUGUUUCAUGAAGGUGGGUACUGGCGUGAGCUCAUAGUCCGCACCAAUAGCCAAGGACAUACAAUGGCCAUCAUCACUUUCCAUCCCCAGGAAUUAACGCAGGAGGAGCUCUGUGUUCAGAAGGAGACCAUAAAGGAGUUUUUCACCAAAGGGCCAGGAGCAGUCUGUGACUUGACAUCACUUUACUUCCAGGAAAGCACCAUGACCCGUUGCAGCCAUCAGCAGUCCCCCUACCAGCUCCUAUUUGGGGAACCCCACAUCUUUGAAGAUCUCUUGGGCUUGAAGAUUCGCAUUUCUCCGGAUGCCUUUUUCCAGAUUAACACUGCUGGUGCUGAGAUGCUGUAUCGGACAGUGGGGGAGCUGAGUGGAGUGAACUCUAACACCAUCCUCCUUGACAUCUGCUGUGGAACUGGUGUGAUCGGCCUCUCUCUGGCUCCAUAUACCUCCCAGGUCCUUGGGAUUGAGUUGGUGGAGCAGGCGGUAGAGGAUGCCAGGUGGACUGCAGCCUUCAAUGGCAUCACCAACUGUGAAUUCCACACUGGUCGAGCAGAGAAGAUUUUACCACAGCUACUAAAGUCAAAGGAAGAUGGGCAGUUAAUUGUUGCUGUAGUGAACCCAGCCCGGGCAGGACUGCAUUACCAGGUGGUUCAAGCUAUUCGAAACUGCAGGGUCAUCCGCACACUAGUUUUUGUUUCCUGCAAGCCCCAGGGUGAAACCACAAGGAACAUCAUUGAGCUGUGCUGUCCUCCAAACUCUGCGAAGAAGCUCCUCGGGGAGCCUUUCGUCCUGAGACAAGCUGUGCCCGUGGAUCUGUUCCCCCACACCCCGCACUGCGAGCUGGUGCUCCUCUUCACCCGAUAGAUAAGCAGCCUCCUACAAGCCUGCAGGCUCUUUCUUAAGGCUGAAGUGUCGGUGACUUCCAGGUUUGGCAUAUUGCUACAUUACAGACCCUGAGAGCAUUGCUGGGGAAACCAAUCUUUGGCUCGUGAGCAGGAAGAAUCUAGUGGGCCUCCGGUCUGAGGCAGAUUUAUAACCUUAGCUCUCAGGUUCACUGGCUGUCGUGCGAGUUUGCUAGGUUGUGACCACUCGCUGGCCCUGGAUCUGGACUGUUCCUUCCUUUUGCUGUCAGCCGGCCGUGGUUCCCUGGGUCCUUGUCUAUAGUCUUGUCUCUGUCUGGCUCUGCCUGUGGUAGGGUGACCAGUGAGCUUUUCUCUGCAGCUGGUCAUCAUUUCGUAUUGACUUGGGUCUCUGUAUUUGCCCAGAGAUUUUACUAGAUGUGAUCUGCAUUCAUGAGGUAGCCAAGGAUUAGAACUGGAAACAAGUCUAGCUUUUUUAAAAAGCAGAGUAAGCUAUGACGUGACUGCAGAGCGACUGCGUGAUCUCGUUAGGGCUUCAUUCCUUUGGGUUUUCUAGGCUUUGAGGCUUCUAGAACAGUCUUUAAAAAUGUGGUUACCCCUGGGAGCAAUAGCACCAAUUAGCUCUCACCUGUGGAGGGAGAGUUGGAUGUAGUGGAGACCCUAUAAGAAAGGGGAACUUCAAAGCAGACACUGAAUCCCUAUAAUUGUGUUGUGUAGUGUAGAGACAGAAAGCUCUAGAAUCCCCUAAUGAUCCAGUAUGUGCUAUAAUAAACUGGAUAUUGAAAUUAA